AUAUGGCGAGCAUAAUAUUAAUAGCAUGCCUUGCUAUAUUGGGACUAAUCAUUGCAAUAGCUUUGUUUCUGGCGGGUGGGUAUUUGUGGUGGAGACACAAAAGAUCGCAAUUGCAGUUUAUUGAGCCCAACGAAGACGAAGAGUCUAGUAGUUACAGUCUAAGAGCUGCUCAGGACAUUGAUUCCGGAAAUCCGCCUAGCAAACCACAAGUGCCGGUGGCGCAAGCAAUAACAACUCCUCUUCAAAAUAACAUUAAUCGGAAAUUGAAUGGAUUCUUAAGCCUUAGAACUCCCCUAAUUGGUGGCUCGGCACCUGCACAAGCUAAAGCACAAAAUGCUUCUACAGGAAAUACAAAUGAUGGUACCUCCAAAGAUUCCGCGAAUAAAAGUAUCUCCAUGACAGACAUGUAUCUGGACAGCACGGAUUCUAGUGAAAAUGUUGGGCAAAUACAUUUCUCCUUGGAAUAUGAUUUUCAAAAUACAACAUUAAUUUUAAAAGUUCUUCAAGGAAAAGAACUACCAGCUAAAGAUUUAAGUGGGACUUCGGACCCAUAUGUUCGUGUAACCUUGCUACCAGACAAGAAACACAGAUUGGAAACUAAAAUAAAACGAAGAACUUUAAAUCCGCGAUGGAACGAAACAUUUUAUUUUGAAGGAUUUCCGAUACAAAAACUUCAGUCACGUGUAUUACACUUACAUGUUUUUGAUUACGACCGGUUCUCACGGGAUGACUCUAUAGGAGAAGUAUUUCUUCCUUUAUGUCAGGUUGAUUUUGCUGGUAAGCAGUCGUUUUGGAAAGCAUUGAAACCACCAGCAAAGGAUAAAUGUGGGGAACUUCUGUCUUCGCUUUGCUAUCACCCCUCGAACUCUAUUUUGACGUUAACAUUAAUCAAAGCGAGGAAUCUUAAAGCAAAGGACAUCAACGGAAAAUCUGAUCCAUAUGUGAAGGUGUGGCUUCAGUUUGGAGACAAGCGAGUAGAGAAAAGAAAAACGCCUAUAUUUACAUGUACAUUAAAUCCAGUGUUUAAUGAAUCAUUCAGCUUCAACGUUCCAUGGGAAAAAAUAAGAGAAUGCUCUUUGGAUGUUAUGGUGAUGGAUUUUGAUAACAUUGGGCGAAAUGAGUUAAUAGGACGAAUACUAUUAGCCGGAAAAAAUGGUUCUGGUGCAUCGGAAACUAAACAUUGGCAGGACAUGAUCUCAAAGCCUAGACAAACUGUAGUACAAUGGCAUCGCUUAAAACCUGAGUAAAUUUAAGAUUUAACUAUCAAUUUCAGCAUAUGAUAAACACAGAGUAUGCAUGCACAUACAUAUGUACAUGGAUUUAUACCUACCAUUACCAUUAUCAUACCAUAUGGAAACGCACACAAUUAGCAGUAUUUAAUACAGUCUGCACAAAGCAUACAUAAGUAUAAACGCAUUGCACAUUGGUUGGAUAUUUGAAAGUUAAUACCGAGUGAACGAAUAAGGAUACUGCAAAUAAAUCUAAAUUCACUUAUUGCUCUGAAGUUUUAAAGCCUCACAAACCUCUCUGAGCAAUACUUAGUUUUAUAAUUACUUGUCUACCUAGCUAGAUAUAUGUACGAGUUUUUGUAUUUGUACGUGCAUGUACUUACACAUACCCGUCUGGCUUCUGAUUAUUGUUUAUAGAUGUCAAGGUUCGUUGAAUUGUCUUUAAAUUUCUAUACAUUUUCGAUUUCAUGAAAAAAAGCGCGGUUAAAAUCCAUUGGAACUGAAUUUUUUGUUGAACAAAGGGGUAUAGUAGUAAUUUGUCUUAGCUUGAUUAGCUAAAUAAAUUAUUGGUAGCAAUAAUAAUAAAUAUAUCAGAUUUAUUUUAUCGGCGAUGCGUGUUUAAUGUAAUGUAAUCAAUUUUUAAUGCCGAAAUAGACAACCCACAA